AUGGGAGAUCAAGAAGAGAGGUUAGGGUCGGAGGGUUUGGAUUCCGGCGCCGUCGUCAAGACCGAUGACUUGUGCAUGGAAAUUGAUCCGCCAUUUCAGGAAAACAUCGCUACCGCCGAGGACUGGCGGAAAGCGCUUAACAGAGGUCCCGCAGUCGUCGUCCUCCGCACCACCGCCACUCGCUCCUUCGACACCGAGUCCGCCGCCGCCGGCUACGCCACCGGCUUCAUCGUGGACAAGAGCCGCGGCAUCAUUCUAACUAAUCGCCACGUGGUCAAGCCAGGUCCUGUGGUUGCCGAAGCCAUGUUUCUGAACCGCGAAGAGGUUCCAGUGCAUCCGAUUUACAGAGAUCCGGUACAUGAUUUUGGGUUCUUUCGUUAUGAUCCCGGGGCUAUACAAUUUUUAAACUAUGAAGAGAUACCUCUUGCUCCUGAAGCUGCCUGUGUUGGACUUGAAAUCAGAGUCGUUGGUAAUGAUAGUGGCGAAAAGGUUUCCAUUUUGGCUGGUACUCUUGCUCGUUUGGAUAGGGAUGCUCCUCAUUAUAAGAAGGAUGGGUAUAACGACUUCAACACGUUCUAUAUUCAAGCAGCUUCUGGGACGAAAGGAGGGUCAAGUGGUUCCCCAGUUAUAGAUUGGCAAGGCAGGGCAGUGGCUCUGAAUGCUGGGAGCAAGUCAUCAAGUGCAUCAGCUUUCUUUCUACCUCUAGAACGAGUUGUGAGGGCCUUAAGGUUUGUUCAAAAGGGAAGUGAAACUUAUGUUAAUAAAUGGCAAGCAGUUUCUAUACCUCGUGGUACGCUUCAGGUGACAUUUCUCCAUAAAGGGUUUGACGAGACUCGUCGCCUUGGCCUCAAAACUGAGACGGAGCAGAUAGUACGCCAGGCUUCUCCAGCUGGUGAAAGUGGAAUGCUUGUUGUGGAAUCUGUGGUGCCAGGUGGUCCAGGUUACAAACAUUUGGAACCAGGUGAUGUACUUGUGCGUGUCAAUGGAGAAGUCAUCACUCAGUUCCUGAAACUGGAGACUCUACUUGAUGACAGUGUAAGCAAGAAUAUUGAAUUACAAAUUGAAAGAGGUGGCACUUCAAAGAGUUUAACUUUGUUGGUGCAAGAUUUGCACUCAAUAACUCCUGAUUCUUUCUUAGAAGUGAGUGGGGCAGUAAUACAUCCUCUUUCUUAUCAGCAGGCUAGAAACUUCCGUUUCCAUUGCGGUCUUGUUUAUGUGGCCGAACCAGGAUAUAUGCUCUUCAGAGCAGGUGUUCCUCGCCAUGCAAUAAUUAAGAAAUUUGCAGGGGAAGAAAUAUCUUGUCUUGAGGAACUAAUAACAGUUAUUUCUAAACUAUCUAGGGGUGCUCGAGUACCAUUGGAAUAUAUAAGUUACAUGGAUCGUCAUCGAAGGAAGUCUGUGUUGGUCACAGUUGAUAGGCAUGAAUGGUAUGCACCUCCCCAGAUAUACACUCGUGAUAACAGUACAGGCCUUUGGAUUACUAAGCCAGCUCUUCAGCGUGAUUCCCCCUUUCUAUCAUCUGGUGCAAAAGAUGUUGAAAAUAUGUCUAGACAGCCAAUUUCACCAACUGGCGAGCAUGCUUGUGGGGGUCAUGUGUGUGAAGGUAACAAUCAGGACUUUGUUGAUGGUGUCACUAACAUGGAAACCAAUUGUGAAGAUCCCUCAGAGUGUGCAUCUCAUCACGAUGCAUCUGAUGGUGUGGUGAAAAAACGAAGAGUGGAGGAAGAUUUAUCAGCUGAUGGAAGUGUUGUUGCUGAUUUAUCCCAAAACGGGACCAGGGAAACUAAGCUAGAAAAAUCAAGUGUCACACAGGAUGACAUGUUAAUGGAUUUUCAAGGUGCGACUGCAGCUGGAGCAAAUGCAUCAGUUGCUGAACGUGUGAUUGAGCCUACUCUUGUGAUGUUUGAGGUUUAUGUUCCGCCAUCUUGUAUGCUUGAUGGUGUUCAUUCACAGCACUUUUUUGGAACUGGUGUCAUAAUAUAUCACUCCAAAGAUAUGGGAUUAGUUGUAGUUGACAAGAAUACAGUUGCAAUAUCUGCCUCUGAUGUAAUGCUAUCCUUCGCUGCCUUCCCAGUUGAAAUUCCAGGAGAGGUUGUAUUUCUCCAUCCCGUUCAUAAUUAUGCUCUCAUAUCAUAUGAUCCCUCUGCAUUGGGACCUGUUGGUAGUUCAGUUGUUCGUGCUGCAGAGUUACUUCCAGAGCCAGCAUUACGUCGGGGAGAUUCUGUUUACCUAGUGGGGUUGAGUAGAAGCCUUCAAGCAACAUCUAGGAAAUCAGUUGUUACCAAUCCUUGUGCUGCAUUAAACAUAGGAUCUGCUGAUUCUCCUCGCUACAGAGCAACCAAUAUGGAAGUAAUUGAGCUCGAUACAGAUUUUGGAAGUACAUUUUCGGGUGUGCUAGCUGACGAACAAGGAAGGGUCCAAGCUAUAUGGGGAAGCUUCUCCACUCAGCUUAAAUUUGGCUGCAGUACCUCAGAAGAUCAUCAAUUUGUGAGGGGUAUUCCAAUUUAUGCAAUAAGCCAGGUCCUUCAUAAGAUUGUAUCUGGCGCAAAUGGCCCACCUCUUCUCAUAAAUGGUGUCAAAAGGCCCAUGCCACUUUUGAGAAUUUUAGAGGUUGAACUUUAUCCAACAUUGCUUUCAAAGGCUCGGAGUUUUGGAUUAAGUGAUGAUUGGAUUCAGGCACUUGUUAAGAAAGAUCCAGUGAGACGUCAGGUUUUACGUGUUAAAGGUUGUUUGGCUGGAUCAAAGGCUGAAAAUCUUUUAGAACAAGGGGACAUGGUCUUAGCAAUCAAUAAAGAACCAGUCACAUGCUUCCGUGAUAUUGAAAAUGCUUGUCAAGAUUUAGACAAAUCAGAUGCUAAUGAUGGGAAGCUUCACUUGACUAUUUUCCGGCAGGGACAAGAGGUUGAACUUCUUGUGGGAACAAAUGUUAGGGAUGGAAAUGGCACUGCCCGUGCAAUUAAUUGGUGUGGCUGUAUUGUACAAGAUCCACAUCCAGCAGUUCGUGCACUUGGAUUUCUUCCCGAAGAAGGUCAUGGUGUAUAUGUGGCAAGGUGGUGUCAUGGGAGUCCUGUACAUAGAUAUGGUCUGUAUGCUCUUCAAUGGAUAGUCGAAAUUAAUGGAAAACCAACUCCAAAUCUAGAUGCUUUUGUUGAUGUGACAAAGGAACUAGAACAUGGGGAGUUUGUUCGGGUAAGGACAAUUCACCUGAAUGGGAAGCCUCGCGUCCUAACAUUGAAGCAAGAUUUGCACUAUUGGCCUACGUGGGAAUUGAGAUUUGAUCCAAAUUCUGCGAUGUGGCAUCGCAAUAUAAUCAAGGGAUUGAACUGCAGUACUGUAUGAAUACGUAAUUCUUACGCAUUCCUGUUCCUGGGGAUGCAGCUGCGCGGGUGCAUGAAAAAUCUUGUGGAAGGCAUCUUACAGGUUCAAAAUUAUGGUUUAACAGUGCUGCUGCCUCGUUGCAAAUUUGAUUCUCUUAGUGCAGAGAUUUUCUGUUGCAUUGCCAUGAUUAAUGGGUUUAUGAGGCAUUAGAUUCUGGCUGGCGAUUAUUUGGAAUGUGUAAACCUUUGGGUGGAUCAUAUUGGAUAUUGGAUAAUAAAAAAGAUAAAUCUUCACUUUCAAUGUAUCAUGGGCAAAUAGAACUUUCGUUUGAUUUGUGAAUAUUUUUACUGACCCUCUUGGCUUGAAUUUCUCCUUCAUUGCACAUUUACAAUGUAAAUAAAUAGCCUAGGUAGAAACUGUGAUUCUUAGCUCGUA